CUGCUGACCGGACCGGCACGAUGGCUCGCUCGGUGACCGUGAUCUUUCUGGUGCUUGUCUCUCUGGCCGUCGUGCUUGCCAUUCAGAAAACUCCCCAAAUUCAAGUGUACUCUCGCCAUCCACCGGAGAAUGGGAAGCCCAACUUCCUCAACUGCUACGUGUCUCAGUUCCACCCACCUCAAAUAGAAAUUGAGCUACUGAAGAAUGGAAAGAAGAUACCAAAUAUCGAGAUGUCAGAUCUGUCCUUCAGCAAGGACUGGUCUUUCUACAUCCUGGCUCACACUGAAUUCACACCCACCGAGACCGAUGUAUAUGCUUGCAGAGUUAAACACGUCACUCUGAAGGAGCCCAAAACCGUCACCUGGGACCGAGACAUGUAAUCAAGCUCUAUGGAGCUCUGAAUCAUCUGGACCAGUUUAACUCCAGAUCCGGUUUCUAAUAUGCUAUACAAUUUAUCCACAAAGUAAAGAAUAGCAAUGAGCACACCAUCUUCUUCAUAUCUUACCUUAAAUAUUUUAUGCAUGUUUUAAAAAAAAUUGGAGACUAAUAUCCUAGAUUUCCGGAAUAAUAAAGCUUCAAUGAGUGUUUUGAUCAGAAUAAUAAAUAUGGUUAAGAACAAGAGUUGAUCAUAUGUCAAACCCUCUGUACUUUUAUUAGUUGGAUGCAGUUACUCAUCUUUGGUUUAUCACAGCAUAAGUGAUUUGUUUAAAAAACUUAAGAAACUUGAGAUAUUUUCUUUUUGGUAAGGUGAAGAGGCCUAGCUGAAGUCUGUCACUGUGCUUAGCAGCCUAGCAGUUCAAUCCCCCACCCUCAUGGCUACUUCUGCUUUGUUAUUUUUACUAAAAAUAAAAAACUAAAAAAAACCAAAAAACCAAAAACCUAAAAACAUUUGUGCCAGAGUGAAGUGAAGUGGUUUCUAGGUAGCCUUAAAUGUCUGCAAGCCUGUGUGCGGUUUUCAUCACCCAAAGAGACAGUGGGUGUCUUAGAAGGUUCUUGUAGAAGCAGGUUCCUCAAACAAGGGUCCAGAGGAAAGGGACUAAGAAAGGACUCCAAGGCAGAACAGUAGGAGGUGCUCGAUGAAGGGCAGGGGAGGAAACUGAGGGGAGUAGGGAUUUCAGACGUGCUGGCCCCACAGGGAGCUCUAGAGCAAAGAUCACAUCUUAACGUUUGUCUUGGUGAUGUGCACAGCCUGUUGCUGGCUCUACAGGAGCUUAUGUUAGGAUGAAAGCCCAGGUAUUUUGGGGUAUGAUUAUGGUUAUCUGUGGCAAAUUGUGUAAAGGCUGGGGUCUGGUUCUUACUGCAGGGCGUGGGAGGAGCAUCAGGGACUACUGUGUUUCCUGGUAAAUUCUGUUGGGCCUACAGCACACGCAGUCUGAAAACCCCACUCCUCCUCAUUCAGCGUUUCAGCUAAUGUUAAAGAGGGAAUGCUAAUUUGAAACUAAGUUUGAAUCCUAAUCUAACAAAAGUUACUAUAACAUUUCUGACUUGAGCUUCUAAUUUUGAUAGUUUAAUUGUGUCCCCAAAGCUCCUUUUGUGGCUGGAGGUUUAGUCCCCGGGGUGGUGAUGAGAAGUUGUGGGACCCAUAAGAGGGAGUCUAGUGGGAAGUCCUGUCAAGGGACAAGGAGCCUUCUGAGUUCUGAGAGGGUUGGUAUAAAGGCAGCAAACCUGGCGUCUUCUGCCCUUCUGUUGCUCCAGCAUGUAAAGUACUCACUCCUGAUGCAGUCCUCCAUCGCUGUUGGGAAAGAGGAAUCUAUGGCAUAGAGCCUGUGCUUAUCACUAACAUUUUGAAAUUUCCAAACCCUUUAGUUAAAUAAAUCUCUUCUUCCUAA